GAUUAGAGAUGAGAGAGAUUAGCACGGGCAGGAGAGUUGAAGUCUUUUUCUCCAUCUCCAUUGGUGAGUCAGUGUAAAGACAGAAGAACUACACAAACAUCAAGAAAUCAGUACUUCACUCUUCCUCAGGAUGCCUGAUCCAGGUAUUUUCUCCCCUGUACUCAGCAAGUUACCAGUUUUGAGAUCUUGUUCAGUCCUCUGAAGCAGAUGUCUACUGCAUGCCUUGGAUACAUGCUCCUAAUCAGCUUACGAGCUUUCCUUGACCUACGCUUCUCUUCCUAAUGCUGAUCUGACUAUGGCUGUCCUCAAAGUAAAAUUCACCAAAACUAAGAGGGACAAAUUGGCUCAGAUCUUAUGGAUCCUCAACUGGGUUUCUGUAGUGAGCGGGAUCAUUCUCUUCAGUCUUGGCCUCUUUCUGAAAAUAGAGAUCAAGAAGCGCAACGAAGUGAUGGCAAAAGGGGACGUUAACUCUGUCCCCAACAUGCUGAUCUCUGUAGGAGUCAUAGCAUGUAUCAUCAACUUUCUGGGUGGCAAAAUCUGCUAUGACUGCUCAGAUGCCAACAAGUUCUCUCGAUGGAAACUAGUUAUGCUUCCAUACAUCAUAUGUACCUUCUGUUUUACCUUCUGCAUCCUGGUGGGUGCUCUCAUGUGCUAUACCAUGAGGAACGAGCUGGAAGAGUCUCUCUAUCUGGGACUGAGGGAUGCUAUUAAGUUCUAUAAGGACACAGACAUACCUGGACGAUGUUUCUUAAAGAAAACAGUGGACAUGCUACAAAUUGGAUUCCAAUGCUGUGGAAACAAUGGCUUUAGAGACUGGUUUGAAAUUCAGUGGGUAUCUGCUCGUUAUCUGAAUAUGGCUUCCAAGGAAGUUCUGGACCGUCUAAAGAGCAACGUUGAUGGAAAGUUCUUGGUGGAUGGAGUACCCUUCAGCUGCUGCAACCCAAGCUCCCCUCGGCCCUGUAUCCAGUACCAGCUGACAAACAACAGUGCUCACUACAACUACGAUUUUCUGACAGAGGAGCUCAAUAUCUGGGUGAAGGGGUGCAGAGAGGCCCUGCUGGAUUACUAUACAGCUAUUAUGAGAUCCAUUGGUAUUGCAGCAUUGUUUAUUUGGCUGUUUGAGCUCUCUGUACUUAUUGGUGUCCGGUACCUACAAACAGCAAUGAAGAAUGUCCUUCUGCUAGGAGAUUUGGAGGGUGAAUCAGAUGGUUGGUUACUAGAAAACAGCUUUGUGGAAACUGCCAAAUACAACAUCAAUAUCAUUAAGAACCUCGGCAAAGCCAAUCAGAUCUCCACUGUCUCAGGCAUGAACGACCCCAACAUUGAUGUUCAAAACACAAACUGUGGCAAAACCAAUGUUACAACAAAACCUAUCCCCACAGCUAGCUAGGCAUGUCUUCAAAGAAAUGACAUCACAAGUGUAGCUUUGACAUAUUACAAUCUUACCAGAUUUUUCACUGGUGGGGAAAAAAAGGUAGGAAAACUAAUAAGACAAUUGAACAAACCUCAGACUGGCAACAGCUCUAAAAAUGCUGAUACUUCUCUGGCUGGAUUUUUACUCAUUCUUGUGAAAUCCCUGAUUUUCAACACUACACAAAACAAACUUAGAGAAUUUUCCCCCACUUUCUCUCCCUUGCUUACAUGCUUCUGUCAUGGUCUGAAUAUGUCAGAAUAAUCAUUAUGCAUGA